UGGUAUCCUAUUUAUAUGCAUCAAUUAGAUACUGAAUCUCAGUAGGCUUCCACUUUCACAACUCAAACAGAUUUUCGCCUUCCUAUGUUCUUGAAAGUUGAAACCCAAUUCUCUGCUACUUGGAUUUGGAACCCCAAUUUCCUUUGACUUGUUUGUCCAUUUCCUCUCGAAUAUUCAUCGAAAUCCCAAAAAUCCCAUUGAAAACUUUGUUUUUCAUUUUUUUUUUUUUUACGUUCAAUUCAUACGUCUCAAAACUCUCAAAAGAAUCACACAUAUCUCGAAGAAAUGCUACAAUUCAAGACUAUCAAGAAGAAAAUGUGGAUGUUUUCUUAUUAAUCUUCAUCUGCUAAAACUAUCUGCCUAGAAUUGUCCUCUUGCGUAAUGGAAGCUAUCAUCAUAACAGCCAUAGCACCGAUCAACAGCAAGGAAAAAGUGGUUAACAAACAAAACUUCCCUCUGCAAAAGCUCUCCUUCUGGUUUUCUCCCACCACACGUCCACCUGGUCUAUUCUCUUUCACUUCUGGCUUGUAAAAUAACCAACAAAAACAAACGCGCAAGAACCUUUUUUUUUUUUUUUGGGUAUGGCUGCUUACUCUUUCAACCGUGACGUUUCACCUGGGAAUUGUUAUUCUGGUUUCUUUGAUCCGUUUUCUCGUGAUUUGGGUUCAUGCAAUGGAAGUUCCCAUAGAGGGUCUUUGUCGGAGUCGGUGUCACGGUCCUUGGUUUUGGAUGGUGAGAAAGGACAGCUGGUCAAAGCGCCAGUGAAAGUAGGGAAGAAAAUUUUGUCGGAAGAGAAAGUUAUAGCGGCUUUGAAGAGUCACAGCGAGGCGGAGAGGAGGAGGAGAGAAAGGAUCAAUGCUCAUCUCGAUACGCUUCGCACUCUAUUGCCCUGCAGAGAAAAGAUGGAUAAAGCCACAUUACUUGGUGAAGUAAUUAGACAAGUGGAAGAACUGAAAAAGAAUGCAACCGAAGCCAGCAAAGGUCUUCUUGUUCCUAUAGAUGAUGAUGAGGUGAGAGUUGAACCAUGUGAUGAUGAUGAAGCCAAUGGGACAUUUUCUUUUAAAGCAUCAAUCUGUUGUGAGUAUAGACCUGAUCUUCUGACUGACCUACGACAAGCUCUCGAUGCCCUUCCAAUUAAGAUGGUAAAAGCAGAAAUAUCGACCCUGGGGAGUCGGUUGAAGAAUGAUUUCGUUUUCACUAGCUGCAGAAGUACUACACAUGUUGAUGAUGCUGAGGCAUGGCGAUUUCUUGCAUGUUCCAUUCACCAGGCCCUGAAUUCUGUCCUGGAGAAGGCUUCUACCUCACCAGAAUACUCACCAUGUUCAACAUUCCCAACAAAUAAGCGAAGGAUCUCUUACUUUGAUUCCUCAAGCUCAUCUUCAUAAAAGAUUAACCCUCGUUUUGAUUUGUGUCAUUGGACACACUGAGAUAUCUCUUUGAUGGUCGUCUGUUAUGUGCAAAUACAUAUUUGUAUCCUCAAUGGCCACAAACACUUUCAAAUGGCUUGUAAUGAAACUGUACUCUCUGCAUGUACUCUUAUCAUAAUAUAAUUUCUAAAAAAAGCAUGAUAUGCUCGUGUUGUUGUGAUAAAAGGGAAAAAAAAUUACUCA